AUGGUUGUUUUCCUAUUGAAGUUCAUUUUCUUCAUUGUGAACACCAUAUCGAAUCUAAUAUUGCGCUUGAUUUUCAGUACAACGGCUCAUGUUCUCGUGCAGUUGAUCCAAGCAUUCAAAGUUCCUGGGGAAUGCACCCAAAACGCGCUAGAACAAGUUAGAAACGUAGUCCGAGGUUGUCUUGAAUAUAUAGUGGAUCUUGCAAUAGAUGUAACGACUAGUUUCAUCUCUUUUCUAUUCGACCUUCUUAAAGAAGGCAUAUCAAGUUCUUCCGUUGCAACUGUCUCGGCAGUCACCGAAUUGAUGGAAAAUACCAAGACUUCCCUUGAUGGUCUGUUGAAAGAGGUGCCUGAGAUUUUGGAGGCUUUCACAGAGAUGGUAACAACAAUUGUGACAGAUUUAUUGAACAACUGUAACGAUGCUAUAGGAUAUGUGACUGAGAAUAUUGCUUGA